GGAGAUGGCAGACCAGGCCCGCAUGCCCUUCACCAAUGCUGUGAUUAACGAGGUGCUGCGGUUUUCUGACAUCGGCCAAGUGCUUUUGCCACGAAUCACAUCCCGUGACAUUGAAAUCCAGGGCUUCCUCAUCCCCAAGGGCACGACACUCAUCACCAACCUGUCCUCAGUGCUGAAGGAUGAGACUAUCUGGGAGAAGCCCCUCCAGUUCCAUCCAGAACACUUCCUGGACUCCCAGGGCCGCUUUGUGAAGCCCAAGGCCUUCAUUCCAUUCUCAGCAGGCCGCCGCUCAUGCCUCGGGGAGCCGCUGGCCCGCAUGGAGCUCUUCCUCUUCUUC